AUGGCAGUGGAAACUGAAGCAACGAAAUAUGACUCAUUGUUUGCGCUGAUGGCUCAGUCUGACGAUGAUGAAGAGGACGAAAAUGAUGAGGUAAAUUCCAGGGAUGUUCAGAGAAAUCUGAAGUCUUACUCUUCUAAGAAACUAAUGUCAUUAACAAAUGUUCUAAUUGAUGCAUAUUAUAUUCUUAUUAAUGAUAAGGAUAUCUUGACCAUAGAGCUAGGAGAUGCUGAACAAUCUAGAGAUGAUCUGGUGGUCUGUGUAGUUGAUCUAAAUAAGACCAUAGCUAAACUUGAAAUUGAAAAGGAAGCUUUGAAUGAAAAACUAAACAGUGUAGAAAAUGAGAGAGAUGACUUGAUGGUUGUGGUUGUUGAUUUGAAGGAAACCAUAGAAAGCUUUAGCAAUGAAAAGCACACUCUAGAAGAGAAAAUUGCAGCUACUGAGCAAGAGAGGGAUGACUUUUUGGUGAUAAUCACAGACCUAGAGGAAACUAUUGAGGGAGUCAAAUCAGAACUUAGGCCUGCAAGUAUUGAGAAAGGGAAAGAAGUAGCUAGUGAGACUCACAUCAAGCUUGAAAAGGAAUUAAAUAAUGUUAAAACUAGUCUAUGUAGUUUACUGGAGAAAAAUAGGCAACUUCAAGCUGAAUUGGAGAGAGUAAAAAUUGACCUAGAAAAAUCUCUUAAAUGGAAAUGGUCCUCAAAAGCUGUCACCGCUAUGUACCUCAACAAUAGUGGAAACAGACAUGGAGUCGGGUUCCAAAAGGAAAAAAUUCCUUACAACCCUCACAGCAAGGUGAGACUUUCGAGGUGUUUGUGUCUUUGUCGAGAAGAUCCACAUGAAGAUGGAAUUGAAAAUGGAAUUACUCACAACUUCUCAGUACCAAGGACACAAUGUGUGAAAGAAAGUGUUCAUGUGCUAUUCAAUGAGACACCCUCCUCUAACAAGGGAGGAAACAUUGAUGUUCUAGAAAAUGAAGCACUUUUGGUUCUAGGGGAAGUAUCUGAUGUUUCAAAUAGCAAGGCUGAUAUGAUGAGUCAAAUGAAGGAGAUAGGUGAAGACAAUACAACAUCCUCUUCCACUUCUCAAGAGGGACCUGGUACUCCAAUUACUACCACUGAAGCUGUAGGAAGAGUUGGAGAUGUAUCGCAAGGUACUCCACAAGUAGUAGAACAAGGAGUGCAGAGAAAUCCACUUAAUUUACCCAGUUCCUCUAAUAAUCAAACUUCAGUCCUCAAAAGGAAACACAAAAGCUUCCAUCCACUUGAUAACAUAAUCACCCCCUUGAGGCUGGAUUCAGACAAGAUCAAAAUCCAGAAAUUCCCUAGUCCUCUCUGUAUUUUUAUUCCAGAUAAAACCCAAGAAUAUCAAGGAAGACUUGAAGGAUGCUGA